ACACAUACCAAGUCUGCUCAAUGUUUGAUAAAGAUUUCAUCUCUAAAGAAAAGCACCAAUCUAUCUUCUAAACCCUGUUGCUCUGUCGAGCAAAAUAAAAUUAAUGCUACUAUCGUCAAUUUCAUUAUCGCACCACUUGUUCUCCGAGAUUACAACACUACUCCUAGGGAAGACACGUGCGCAAGUAGCAUCAUGGACGUCUUUUCUUCACCUAUACAUGGAAACCUAGUUCUACAGUACUUGAUUCUAGAGUUAGCAUUGAACCGUAUCUGUUGUAGCCUAUUUACUUCAGGCACUUUCAUUCUAGAAUAACGCAGUGCCGUUUACUUUGCGCUUCCUAUAUCUUCUGAUGUCUUAUGCGGUUCGUGUCCCGCAAAACAUCAUCUAAGAAAAAAAAAACAGCUACUCGCAUACCAUUGGCAAUCUAUCAUCCUAAGAUUGUUAUUAUCUACAGCACAGCCGAGUCACAACUCCAUCAAGAGACGUUCUCCACUAAAUACUGUUCAUAUCCAACUUUGAAAACGCCUUCUAUGCAGGAUAAUAACCGCCCACAACACUUCGGAAAAUCCUCCAUUCCCAAAACAAUACAAUAUAUCUACCUAAUUAUGUCACAUAUCGUCAAAAAAAAAGUCGGCCUCUAUUGUAAUAGCUCUAUCACCCACCGAAGCAUCAGCUAUUAUACAGCAAUAUGGUUCGUCAAAUAAACAAGAGAAAGGAUGAUUGAAAAGUAACCCUAUCGCAUAUUAGUCUCUCAACACCUCCUAUUAGGCUGACUAGAACGAGUAGCAGUAUAGCACAUCACCAUUCCCCAACGUUAUCGUACAUAAGAAAAACGGAUAGAAAAAGAAGUGACGGGGAGAUGACGUUAUCCACGUAAAAUUCAUGACGCCAUCACUCUUCCCCCACAGUUUGAACUAUAGCAUAAAAGCGGUAAAACGGACUAGUAGAAGAUUGAUAUAUGCUGACUUUUUCUAGAGGACCAGCCCAGCUAUAAAAUUAGAGUAGAGUUGAGCACAAGAAGUUAAGCCUUAUAACAAGCACUGUUCUUUUUGGGUAGGUUACAUAACCCUCAGCAUCAUCAACACGGAUUUCUACACUCUUACUAUAAUUUCGGUACAUAAUGUAAGCCUCAUGAUUCGCCUACCAAGGUACUGUGCUAUAGAACCGUCCCGUAGGUAGUAAAUAGCCAUAUUGAAUGAAUCAGCUUACUCGCCGCGAGAGAUUCAUCUCCACCACCACCUUCAUCACCAUAACACAGAUCCUUACAUCUGAUAUCUCUUAACCAAAAACAAAAAGGAAAUAAAGCAAUCUCUCUAUUCCUAGGUAUUACCAGAGAACAUAACUUGAUAUCCUGCAA